UAGAUGUUAAAAAACUUGCUGAUCUCUCGAACAACAGGUUUCACAGUGAAGAAUGGAAGAUUCCUUCAUUAACAUCACCUCACAGAACAGAAGCUACAAUAACAGCACCACCGUCUCUUAUGAUAAUGAACCUUUCAUGGACGUGGUGACAUGCAUUAUCAUUUGUAUCAGCCUUCCUUUGACCCUAGUGGCCAUCCAUGGAGUUUGUUCUCUGGUCAGAAACGAUCACGUGGCUCCGAUCUACAUCAUCAACCUUCUGAUUUCUGACCUCAUUCAACUCUGCUGCAUGAUCGUUGAAGUGGUACUACCUGAGGAUUCAAUCAUCACAAUGAUCUUCUUUUCUAUUUACUUCUGUGGUCUGAUGGCGAGUGUUGGCUUCAUGGUGUGUGUCGCCCUGGAAAGGUAUCUGGUCAUCGCCUGGCCGCUGUGGUACCGCUUCAGACGAACCAUCAAGGCCUCUGUAGUGGUCUGUGUCGUGGUCUGGACCCUUCCUCUUGUGACUUUCUUCUCUAUGGUUUUGUUGGCUGAUUCAGAUGACAUGCUAAUCCCCUCUGCAGUCUUCCUCCUCCUUCCCUUCCCUCUGUUCAUAUUCUUCCUGCGUGGGACCGUUAAAGCCCUGUCUGCAGCCAUUAGUGUCCCUGCUGAUGAAAAACGACGAAUUGUUGCAGUUUUGAUUCUGGUUCUACUUAUUUACACACUGUUGUUCUUGCCCUCCAUCAUUUGGUUCCUUGUAGAAGAAGCCAAAUAUAAUGAUGCCCUCGAUGUUGUGUCUUUCAUGUUUGUAAGGUUCAGUCCUCUUGCAGACUUGUUCCUGUAUGUUUUCAGUAGGAAAGGAGCUGUAGACAAGCUGUUGGCCUCUCUGUGUUAUUGCAAGAUGGACAGCGAUGAUAGCAACAGACCAACAGCAUGA